UGGCCAGCGGCGCCAGAAUUGAAGAAGAAGAAGCAAUAGCAAUAGAAAAGGCAGAGGCGACAAAUUCGAGACGCAACCAGAGUGACGGGCACAACAGUGUGGUGUGUGUGUGUGUGAAACAAACUUACCCGCCUGCUGAGAUACUACAAAGUUGAUUGGUUGUGUUGAUAAAUCCAAAUGUCAGCUGUUUCACGCAACAUGUACUAUAAAAGCGGCACAGUAAAACGAAGAAAAAGAGCAAAUUGCUUCAGUCCAGGACAACAAAAAGCCGAAGCACGCUGCUAGCAAGCAGCAAAGAAGAGCAACAGCAUCAAAAUAAAGAGAGUGAGACAGAGAGAGGGAGAGAGCAGAAAAUACAAAAUCAACAACAACACCAAUAAACCAUAAAGCUAUAAAAGUAUCGUACUACAACAACACCGUUUAACAGUGAAGGAGCAAGGAAAAAGAGUUGCCGAACAUCUGUGCUAGAACAGGAGUAGAAGGGAGACAAUCGCUAUACACAUAAUACACACACUCUUUCCAUCUUGUUCUCUUGCACCGCUUUCAACUGCGCUCAAAAAUAAAAAGCUAUCGCAAGAAGCAAACAGCAACACUAAAGAAAACGAGUUUGGCAACACGAAACAUAGAGAGAGGAAGAGGAAGAAAGAGAGUUAGCUCACUCAUCAGGUGGCUGGAGAGGAGCAGCCAUGACAAUCAUACUCUUUCUGGUGGACACCUCGUCGUCCAUGUGCCAGAAGGCGUAUGUGAAUGGCGUGCAAAAGACAUAUCUGGACAUUGCCAAGGGCGCCGUCGAAACGUUUCUCAAAUACCGGCAGCGCACACAGGACUGUCUGGGUGAUCGGUAUAUGCUGCUCACGUUCGAGGAGCCGCCGGCAAAUGUGAAGGCCGGCUGGAAGGAGAAUCAUGCCACCUUUAUGAAUGAACUGAAGAAUCUGCAGAGUCAUGGCCUCACCUCAAUGGGCGAAUCGUUGCGCAAUGCCUUCGAUUUGCUCAAUUUGAAUCGCAUGCAAUCGGGCAUCGAUACCUAUGGCCAGGGUCGAUGUCCAUUCUAUUUGGAGCCAUCGGUGAUCAUUGUGAUCACAGACGGCGGUCGCUACUCGUAUCGCAAUGGCGUCCAUCAGGAGAUCAUACUGCCGCUGAGUAAUCAAAUACCCGGCACCAAGUUCACCAAAGAGCCCUUUCGCUGGGAUCAACGCCUCUUCUCGCUGGUGCUCCGCAUGCCCGGCAACAAGAUCGACGAACGCGUCGAGGGCAAAGUGCCGCACGAUGAUUCGCCCAUCGAACGCAUGUGCGAGGUGACCGGCGGUCGGUCGUAUCGUGUGCGCAGCCACUAUGUGCUCAAUCAGUGCAUCGAGAGUCUGGUGCAAAAGGUGCAGCCCGGCGUCGUGUUGCAAUUUGAGCCCAUGCUGCCCAAGGAGUCGGGCAACAGCAGUGUUGGCGGCACCGGAGGCGGUGGCAACGCUGGCGGUGGCGGAGGUGGAGCGACAGCUGGUGGCUCAGGCGCUGGUGUUGGCGGCACAGCGAACACAACAUCCUCAUCAUCGGCGGCAUCAUCCACGGGCGCAUCCAGUAACGAGCCGACGCCCGACAUUGUCUUCCAGCCGAUCAAGAAGAUGAUCUACGUGCAGAAGCACAUCACACAAAAGACCUUCCCCAUUGGCUAUUGGCCACUGCCCGAGCCGUAUUGGCCCGACUCCAAGGCCAUCACAUUGCCGCCCCGCGACGCCCAUCCCAAGCUCAAGAUACUGACACCCGCCGUCGAUGAGCCGCAGCUGGUGCGCAGUUUUCCGGUGGACAAAUACGAGAUCGAGGGAUGUCCCCUGACGCUGCAGAUACUCAACAAGCGGGAGAUGAACAAGUGCUGGCAGGUGAUUGUCACCAAUGGGAUGCAUGGCUUUGAGCUGCCCUUUGGCUAUUUAAAGGCAUCGCCGAGCUUCAAUCAGGUGCAUCUCUAUGUGCUGGCCUACAACUAUCCGGCGUUGUUGCCGCUGCUGCACGACCUCAUCCACAAGUACAAUAUGAGUCCACCCAAUGAUCUCAUGUACAAGUUCAAUGCAUAUGUGCGCUCGAUACCGCCAUAUUAUUGUCCAUUCUUGCGCAAGUCGCUGGUCAAUAUCAAUGUGCCGUAUCAGUUGCUGCAGUUCCUGCUGCCCGAGAAUGUCGACAACUAUCUGUCGCCAACGAUUGCCAAUCAGCUGAAGCACAUCAAGAACACGGCCAAACAGGAUCAGGAGAAUCUCUGUCUCAAGGUCUACAAGCAGCUGAAGCAACCGAAGCCUCCGUAUCGCCAGGUCGAAACCGCAAAGCUCUGCACCGGCGCUGCACUGCGUCGCGAUCUGGUGCGGCAUCCGUUGUUGCGGGACACGUUCGCCAAGCUCCAUGCCGAGAUCGAGCCGGUGGAGAACUAUACGAUUGUGGUGCCGCAAUUGUCGCAUCAAUCGUCGGCGAAAUCCUAUCGCAAUCCCUUCGAUAUACCGCGUCGGGAUCUGGUCGAUGAGAUUGUGCGCAUGCGCGAAACGUUUCUGCGACCCACGAGCUUUGUGGCCAAGGAUUCGGGUCACUGUCUGCCCAUUGCCGAGAUGGGCAACUAUCAGGAGUAUCUGAAGAACAAGGAUAAUCCGUUGCGCGAAAUCGAACCGACCAAUGUGCGCCAGCACAUGUUUGGCAAUCCCUACAAGAAGGACAAGCACAUGGUCAUGGUGGAUGAGGCUGAUCUCAGCGAUGUGGCGCCCAUGAAAUCACCCAAUGGCAACGGUGGCGCCGGCGGCGUCUCGCCCUCCUCCAGUGGCAAUGGUGGCGGCAAUCCUGGUGGCAUGGGUGGACCCGUUGGUGCUGGCAUGUCGGUGCUGAUGCUCGGCGGUGGCGGUGGUAAUAACGGUGGCAACGUUGGCGGUCCAAUGGGCGGACCGAAUGCCAAGAAGCUGAUGGAUGGAACGUCGCGCGGACGCAAACGCAAGGCGGGACCAUUGCCGCGUGCCUUUGAGUUUCGACGCAUCUCCACGGACUCGCUGCGCAGCAACAGCAGCAGCAGCAGCUGUAGCAGCAUCAGCAACAGUUCGCCCAGCUCACCGGCGAUUGUGACCUGUGGCAGCGGCGUUGGCGUUGGCGGCGCCAGUGGGAGCAGCAGCAACAGCAGUGUUGUGGGUGAACUGAUGCUGAUGGAUGAGGAUAGCAACAUCAGCAGCAGCAGCUAUGCGCCGUCGGAGACAUCGAGCAUUGCGAGCAGCAGCAGCAGCAGCAGCAGCAUCAUCAGCAACAGCAACAACAACGAUUCAGGGCUGUCGGAGCGUCUGAGCUUUGACUUUAGCGAGGAGGAGGCCAGUGAGCAGGAGACCUCGCUCAAUGGCUACGUGCACAACUUCAUCAAUGGCAUCAGCGAGGAGGUGCUCAGCUCUCAUGAUGCGGACAAUGGCAGCAAUAGUAGCAAUAGCGGCGGGGCAGGCAGCAGCGGAGUUGGCAGCGCCAACAGCACAAGUGGCAGCGCCAAUAGCAUCAUCAUCAGCAGCAGCAGCAGCAGUGGUGGUGGUGGCAACGCCAGCAGCAGCACCACUAGCAACAACAGCAUUAACAGCAGCAGCGGCGGCAGCAACAGCACAGUUGUUGCGACAGCUGCAACGGCGACGGCAACAUCGCCGCUAAACAUUGCUGCCCGACUGCAACCCGAUGUGGCAACGCCGAGCAGCAGUUUGAGCACAGCGACAAGCACAAUAAUAGCUGCAACAGCAACAUCUUCGGCAGCCGCAGCAGCAGCCGCAGCGGCAGCGGCAGCAACAACCAGCAAUGGCACCAACAAUGACGCUUACGGCAGCAACAUGAGCAGCCACAUGAGCAACAAUUGUCACAAUCAUGUGAACGACAUCUUGUAUGUGCCACUCAAUGGCCUGACCAUUCAGCAUGCCGCCUACAGCAGCAAUGCCAGCGACAGCGCGAUGCUGAUGAUGCCAGCCACAACGGCGAUGAAUAAGGCGGGAGCUGGCGGGGCAACAGCAAUGCCGCCACUGAUGCUGGUGCCCAAUGGCUAUGCGAGUCAUCAUGGGGCAAUGUUGUCGCCGCCGGCAGCGGCAGCAACCACAACGGCAGCAGCCACAUUGGCGGCAGCAGCUGGCAGUGGAUUGGGCGGUGCUGCAGCAGCGGGUGCGGCAAGCAGCACAGCAGCAUUGGCGGCAGCGACAGCAACCACAACAGCAGCAGCGGGGGCAGCAACAUCGGGAGCAGCUAACAGCAGCACGCCAGCAACAUCGAGCACAACACCAAGCACGUAUUUCAGUCACAAUGAUAUUAACGAUGCCUCGGAGAUCUCGCGCAUACUGCAGACGUGCCACAAUGGCAACAGUGGCAGCAGCAACAACAGCAGCGGCAGCAGCAGCAUCAGUGGAGGCGGCAACAGCAGCAGCAAUAACAGCAACAGCACCGGAGGCAGCAACAGCAGCAGCACACUCAAUGGCAAUGCCAGCGAGGGAAAUGGCAAUGACAUGGAAGUGGAUCUCUUGGCCAACAGCUUUGAUGCAUUGAAGCGCACAGCGGGCGGCAGUUUGGCGGCGAAUAGUACGCCACAUAUUUACUGGGGCAGCGGACUUAACCACCACCACAACAACAACAACAACAGCGGCGGCAGCAGCAGCAGCAACAACAACACCAACAGCAACAACAAUAAUAGUAGUAAUAAUAAUGUUAAUAGUAAUAGCAAUAGCAAUAACAUUGGCAACAACAAUUGCCAUCGAAGCUACAACAAUGGCAGCCCCAAGCUAGAGCCCAAAGCAUCACCAACGCACAACAACAACAAUAAUGGCGGAGACAUGUCGGUGGUGACAACGCCGGAACGUGGCUUAACGGAGGAGCAACGGGAGGCGGCACGGAAACACAAUGUCGACCUGCGUCUGCAAAUCUUUCGUGAUAUACGGCGACCUGGACGCGAUUACAGUCAAUUGUUGGAGCAUUUGAAUUUGAUCAAGGGCGAUCAGGAGAUGAAAUCGGAUUUCGUAGACAUGUGCGUCAGUGAAUCGAUGCGAUUCCGACGCCACAAGAUGGUGUCCAGCAUACAGGAAUGGUGGGAUCAGAAGCAGCAGCAGCUCGACGAGAUCACAAAGAGUUAACGUUGGCUGCUGUGGAAUUGAGCGUGCAACCAGCAGCAACAGCACCAGCAACAACACCACGCAACAUGUCUGUGAUGUCAACAACAACAACCAACAACAAGAAACAGCAACAACAAUACUAAACUUAAACAAGAGUUAGCAUUAAUUUUAUAUAGAGAUGAGAGUUUAGCUAGUAGCGGAAAAGUGAUUUUCCACAAAUUCCACACAAACACACACAUACACUCAACACCAACAACAACAACAACAACAACAUGUAGUACAGCUGUAAAUAAUGAAAUUAAUGUGAAGGGAAGAGCAUGAGAAGAGAGAGAGAGAGCGUUACAACCUGGGGAUGUAUUUAUGUAGUUUAUAGACUAAAUUAAACAAUAAUUAAUACUGUUGAUAGUAAUGCUAAUAAUAUUAACGGUAAUUGCUGUUGCAGCAGCAACCAACAACCGCAACAACAACAACAACAAAAGUACCAGAAUAUGGAAAUUAGUUAUACUAGUAAUGUUAGGAAACAAAAUGCAUAAACAAUUUGUAGGUCUUAAUAACACACACACACACACACACAUUUUUUAGUCGUUUAGCCUAAAGCGAAGAUUUAGUGAGUAAACUCCCCAAAGUAACUGUAAACUGUAUUAGCCAAGUAAGUAAAAAGAGGAGAAGCAAACAACAACAAUAACAACAACAACAACACAUUUGUCUUUACCUUCAGUUUGAAAGCCUUUUAAGCCAUAUGUGUGUACACCACAUAUGUUAAUUAAAUGAUAACGUAAUUAAUUAAUGCAUUAAUUAUUAAGCAUACAAUUAACAUGCAGCAAGAAAAAUGCUUAUUUUAAAUUAAACCAAUUUUUUUCUAUUGU